AUGUCGCCCGUGCACGUCCCGGAGCUCAGCAGCGGCGGGUCGGGGUCGGGGUCGCUCACCCUGAACCCCGUGCAGCGCGCGCUCAGCCGGCUGUCGUCGUCGUCGGCCCUCACGCCCAGGUCGCCCCCGCCGUCCUACGGGAGCAUCGUCACCGUGCUCAGCAUCGACGGCGGCGGCGUCCGCGGCAUAAUCCCCGGAACCAUCCUCGCCUUCCUCGAAGAGAAGCUCCAGGAGCUCGAUGGGCCGGACGUGAGGAUCGCCGACUACUUCGACGUGAUCGCCGGGACAAGCACCGGGGGCCUGGUGACGGCCAUGCUCACGGCGCCCGACGCCAAAGGACGCCCGCUCUUCGCCGCCAAGGACAUCAACAACUUCUACCUGGAGCACUGCCCGAAGAUCUUCCCCGCCGGCUACGGCGGGCCUCUGGGCUUGCUCAGGAGCAUGAGGGGGCCCAAGUACGACGGCCAGUACCUCCACUCCGUCGUCAAAGAGCUGCUCGGCGAGACGCGGGUCGGCGAGGCGCUGCAGAACAUAGUCAUCCCCACCUUCGACAUCAAGCUGCUCCAGCCAACCAUCUUCUCCCGAUACGACGCCCGCAACGACGUCUCCAAGAACGCUCUUCUGUCCGACGUCUGCAUCAGCACGUCGGCGGCGCCUACUUACCUCCCCGGCCACCACUUCGAGACCAAGGACAAGGAUGGCAGGCCCCGGGCCUUCAAUCUCAUCGACGGAGGCGUUGCCGCAAACAAUCCGACAAUGUUGGCCAUGACGGACGUGAGCAAGCAGAUCCUGCUGGGCAACCAGGACUUCUUCCCGAUCAAGCCCGCCGACUACGGCAAAUUCAUGGUGCUCUCCCUCGGCACCGGCUCCGCCAAGGUGGAGGAGAAGUUCGACGCCGCAGCGUGCAGCAAGUGGGGGAUCCUCGGAUGGCUCUACAACCACGGCGCCACGCCGCUCAUCGACAGCUUCAGCCAGGCCAGCGCCGACCUCGUCGACAUCCAGGCGUCCGUGCUCUUCCAGGCGCUGCGCUGCGAGAAGCGCUACCUCCGCAUCCAGGACGACGAGCUUAAAGGCGACACCUCAUCUGUUGACGUGUCUACGCCGGAGAACCUUAACAGGCUCGUCGAGGUCGGCAAGGCGCUGCUCAAGAGGAGCGUGUGCAGGGUGAACGUCGAGACCGGCAAGACCGUGCCCGACGACAAUAGAGGCACCAACGAGGAGGAGCUAAUCAGUUUCGCACAUAUGCUCUCACAGGAGCGCAAGGCCAGGUUGCAGAAGAAGGGAGUCACCAUCACACAGUAA